UCAAAGAACCGCAUAAGUGCAUCUUUGUGUCAAUAAUUUAUAAUAAUAAUAAUACGGUGAUUGUUUCAGUUACCUUUUAACGCAUAAACAAUGUUGAUCAAAGUGAAGACUCUCACCGGAAAGGAGAUUGAAAUAGAUAUAGAACCUACAGAUAAACAAAUGAAUGAUGAAAAAACGGCGCAAGAUUAUAAAGUUCAAGGCGGAUCAGUGUUGCAUUUGGUACUCGCAUUAAGGGGGGGCUUAUAAUUAUGACAUUCCUGGUUCUGGAAUGUGAAUAUCAAGGAUUAUUAUACAAUAUCAACCAGAAAAAUAAUAGGACGCUUUCCAAUCAUACAUUCGCGCUGUGUUUGCAAGGACUUACAAUCGUCUUUGUAUCUUUAUGUGAUUGAACGGUUAUAUAUUUAGACUUGAAAUAAAUAUUUAAUAAAAUAAUUUAGUUAUAGAAACCUAGUAUUUGUUUAACCGACAGAACGAUCGUUUCUCAAUUAUAUAAUUUUAAAGGAGCUGUACGAAAAUUCAUUCGGGUAAUAGCGACGAUGUAUAAUAAGCUAUACUGUGAAUGUUUCGGUUUGACAAAGUUAUCGUAGUUUCUAUCGAAGCGAGACCCGAUCCGAAUUUUGAAACUAAUAUCGUCCGGAAGUAUCGAGC